AUGCCUGCACAACCGCACAGGCUCAAUUCCAAUGACCUGGUCAACUCGCCGGGAUUUCUUGGGGCGGUAGCCCGCUUCUGGCAGCGCUCGUAUGCUUCGGAUUAUGUAGGCAUAGCUCUUCUAUUGUGCGGCUAUAUUCCGAUCCAAUUCCUCGGCGAGCCCUUCCACCGCAUGUUCUUCCUCGAUAACCUCGCCAUUGGAUAUCCCCAUGCCGAAAUCGAGCGCGUAUCAGUCGGCUGGCUACUCAUCUUCGCUGGCGCCGUUCCCCUCGGCCUCCUGGUCGCAUGGGCCCUUCUCUUCCGCCCGGGCUCCCACAAAGCCCACGUCACCAUCCUCGGGCUAAUCAUCAGCCUGAUCCUCACCAGCUUCAUCACCGACGUGAUCAAAAAUGCCGUCGGCCGCCCCCGCCCCGACCUCAUCGCACGCUGCAAACCCGCGCCCGGCACGCCCGCCCACCAGCUCGUCACAUACAAAGUCUGCACCGAGACAGACCACCACAUCCUGCACGACGGCUGGCGCAGCUUCCCCAGCGGCCACAGCAGCUUCGCCUUCAGCGGCCUCGGCUACCUCUCCCUCUUCCUCGCUGGACAAUGCCACGUCUACCGCCCCCGCGCUGACCUCGCUCGCGUCCUCUUCGCUCUCGCCCCCUUACUCGGCGCCGCCCUCAUCGCUAUCUCCCGCUGCGAAGACUACAGGCAUGACGUCUACGACGUCACCGUUGGGUCACUGCUUGGCCUCGCUAUCGCGCAUUAUACGUACAGGAGGUAUUAUCCUGCACUUAGAAAUCGGCUCUGCGCGACGCCGUUUCCCAAUCCGGCGGAUGACAAGGGGUGGGGGAAGGUGAAGGGGGAUGAGGAGAGUGCGAGAGGCGUGCAGGAGUUUGAGCUCAGUGAAUUCGAGGAAGAGGAGGCGGAGAGUGAGGCUAGGUUGCUUAACGGGGGGAGGAGAUAG